AUGUCGAAACAACAAGCAUUCCGCGAGCGCGUUGUACGGUUCUUCGAAAUGCGUGAAAGUCUAGGAAAGUUCAAAGUAGGCAACACUCGGGACGGAAAUGUGCUGAUGAACACUGUUCCCCGGAUCCUGGCAUCCCGGAACGUCGAACGGAAGACCGAUGUUAAGGUAACUCAUGCUCCCAACGACCAGAAAUCCAGUUGUCCGCCCGCGAAGGCACAAAGUGUCGUAGCGUCGACGUCGUCUCGUAAAUCGUCAAAGACACUCAUCAAGCUGCAGCUUCAGAAGUUGGAAGAAGAACGGAAAUUAGAACAUGAUUAUAUAGAUAAAAAGUAUACACUUUUAGAAGGAAUUGCCAAUGCAUCUAGUUCUUGUUCUGGAGUUAGUAUGAACCGCGUGCGUGAGUGGGUCGAUGAUAACACUCAUAAUGUAGAAAAGUGCGUUCACUCUGGUAAUUUUGAGCCUCAACGACAUUCUACUCAAAAUCAAUCACUCGCAUCGUCGAAUUCAGUUGUAAGCAAUAGUUCGAUUCCUGAAGUCAAUGACGGUCUGAGGGCCAUGGCCGUUAAUUGUACGGAGCAACCUAACAAUCAACAAUCGACGAGGAAUCUGUGUCCUGAAGAGUAUGUUGAAUGUCCUAUCACCAAGAAACAACUUGCCGCGCGUCAAGCGAUUCCAAGGGAUCUCCCCUCUUUCUCUGGGAAUCCCGAGGAUUGGCCUAUAUUUCUGUCGUCCUUCACCAACACCACUGUAAUGUGCGGUUACACGGAUGCAGAAAAUGCAAUCAGAUUGCAAAAAUGUCUUACGGGAAAAGCAUAUGAAGCUGUCAAGAGCCGUUUGAUGUAUCCAUCGAACGUGAAGGGAGUCAUCGAUACACUGCGUAUGCGUUUUGGUCAACCUGAAGCUAUUGUCCACUCAUUGAUAGCAAAAAUCAACGCGUUGCCGGGUUUAAAAGAAGACAAACUAGAGACUAUCAUGGAUUUUGCGGUAAAUGUUCAAAAUUACUGCUCUAUCGUAGAUGCAUGUGGGUUGGAAGACCAUCUUUACAACGUGUCCUUACUUCAUCAAUUAGUCAACCGACUUCCACCGUCAAUUAAACUUGACUGGGCUAGAUAUCGUCAAAAGCUUGUUAGCGUCAAUUUGGCGUGCUUUGGAAACUGGAUUUAUUCACUUGCAGAAGCGGCCAGUGCCAUUACUGUCCCAGCGAUCCAGGAGUCUAAAUCCACGCGGAGUGAUUUUCAUCAACCCAAGAAAAGUGGUGGUUUUCUUAACGCUCAUCUAGAAUCCGAAUCCCCACCUCAUGAUCUUCAGACACAAACCUAUCAUAAAAGUUAUAUUCAAGACUGCGUUGUGUGUGGAGCCGAUUGUAAGGGCGUCGAAAAUUGUAAGCAGUUCAUGGGGCUUCCUCGGGAUUCUCGCUGGGCUGUAGUGAGAGAAUUCGGUCUAUGUCGUCGAUGUCUUCGUAAACACAACGGAAGUUGCAGAGCCAAAGUUUGUGGUAAGGAUGGUUGUACUUUUAAACACCACGAGCUCCUCCACAAUGAACAGCAACACAAAGAAGUUUCAAGACCCGAUGAUCCUCGUCCAGGAACCAGUUAUUCGCACCACGAAUGCAACGCUCAUCGUGCUAGUUCAAAUGCUGUUCUGUUUCGUUACCUUCCUGUCACAAUACAUGGAACGAAAGGGUCCAUUCAAACAUUCGCCUUCCUAGAUGAAGGCUCUGCGUUGACUUUAUUAGACCAUGACCUCAUGGAAGAGCUUGGACUGGAUGGAACAGAAAGUCCAUUGUGUCUUCGGUGGACUGGUGGCACUGAGAGAUAUGAAAAAGACUCUCGAAUAACACACGUGUCUAUUGCGGGCACGCAGGAUGGAGCAAAGAGGUUCAAACUGAAUGAGGUGCGAACGGUGAAGGAGCUGCAGUUGCCAUAUCAAUCUCUAAACACAGAUGAAAUGAGGAUCAAGUAUCCACAUUUACGAGGUCUGCCCAUAAGAUCAUACAACGACGCACGGCCGCGAAUCCUAAUAGGAUUGAAGCAUGCUCACGUUAGCUUGGUUCUACAAAGUAGAGAAGGAAAUCCAGAUCAACCGAUAGCGAUAAAGACUCGUUUGGGUUGGACCGUUUGUGGUGGUAAUGGCGAGAACAAUGCGUCGAAUUUGGUGCACUACUCUUUCCAUGUGCAUUCCGAAGAACAUUCGGACGAAUUCUUACAUAACGCCAUGAAGGAGUACUUCGCUCUCGAUAGUCUUGGAGUAGUAAGACCCAGUCGUGCUCUGUUGUCGUCCGAAGAUCAAAGAGCCUGUUCAAUGCUCGAAUCUCUCACUAAGUACACUGGAGACAACUUCGAGACUGGUUUGUUGUGGAGAUACGAUGAUAUUCGUUUACCUGAUAGCCGGCCAAUGGCUCUUCGUCGGUAUCGGCUACUGGAAAAAAGAAUGCAGAAAGAUCCGGAGCUUUUGAAGGUUAUGAACCAGAAAAUAGUUGAUUACCUGCAGAAAGGAUACAUACGGAAAUUGUCUAAAGAAAAAGAAAAUUUGCCUGUUUCACGCGCGUGGUAUUUGCCAAUAUUCCCAGUGGUCAAUCCAAACAAACCUGGAAAGGUUCGAUUAGUCUGGGAUGCAGCAGCUACCGUAUUCGGAACGUCUCUAAAUUCUGCACUCUUGAAGGGCCCGGACCAAAUGUGUUCGCUCUUCUCUAUUCUGUUGCAAUUUCGGAAGCACCGUGUAGGACUAACUGGGGAUAUACGCGAAAUGUUUCACCAAAUCCAAAUCCGCGAAACAGACCGAUCAUGCCAGCGGUUCUUUUGGAGAGACAAUACAGGAGAGAUUAUUGUUUAUGAAAUGUGUGUAAUGACUUUCGGUGCGUGCUGCUCUCCAAGCAGCGCUCAAUAUGUUAAAAACAUAAAUGCUGAACGGUUCUCUAGGAAAUACGCAGAUGCAGUGAACGCUAUCGUCCAGCAACACUACGUGGACGAUAUGUUGGUGAGCGUAGACUCCGAAGAAACAGCUAUUCGACUAGCUCAGGAGGUAACGUACGUACAUGCCCAAGGCGGGUUCGAAAUCCGUAACUGGGUCAGUAACUCAACAGCUGUUAUAACUGUAUUGAAUCAGCCAAAAGCGAACGCGAAAAGUCUGGAUUUGUCUACCGAAAUAUGCACCGAGAAAGUACUAGGAUUGUGGUGGUGUACAGAGUCGGAUUCGUUCACAUACAGAGUCGGAUGGGACCGAUAUGAAGAAACGUUGUUGAAAGGACUACGUCGACCAACAAAACGAGAAGUGCUUCGAGUUCUUAUGACAAUUUUUGACCCUCUCGGAUUGAUUGCGCAUUUUCUCAUAUUCCUGAAGAUUUUGCUGCAGGAAAUUUGGCGCUCUGGUGUUCAGUGGGACGACACCAUCAACGAUGUUUUGUUCGAUAAAUGGCGAUCCUGGCUGCGUGUGCUACCAACAGUUGAAAAAGUACGAGUUUCCCGGUGUUAUUUUGUUCAAACGUCCUGCGAGUAUCAAGCUGAGUUUCACACCUUUGUCGACGCUAGUGAGAACGGGUUUGCUGGUGUGUCAUUCCUUCGUUUCAUCUGUGGUGAUCAGAUAAAAUGUACCAUAGUUGCCGCAAAAACCAGAGUCGCACCGUUAAAGUUCCAAUCUAUUCCAAGACUCGAACUGCAGGCCGCCGUGUUAGGAGGAAGAUUAGCACAUACGAUUCUAGCAUGUCUCUCAAUUCAAAUUACAAGACGCAUUUUUUGGACUGACUCUCGCGACGUUUUAUGCUGGAUUAAUUCCGAUCACCGUCGUUUUACACAGUUCGUAGCGCACCGGGUUAGCGAGAUUCUCGACAUAACAGAGGCGGAAGAAUGGUUCAACGGUCCUAGAUUCCUGUGGAAAACCGAAGAAGAUUGGCCACAACAACCAAUACGAAAGAGCUCAACCAAUGAAGAGUUGCGUCCCAAUUUGGUGGCUCACCUGUCGAACCAAUCACCGCUAAUAUGUGUUACUGAUUUCUCCAAAUGGCAACGGCUGAUCAACGUCGUCGGAUUUGUGUUUCGUUUUCCGAACAACUGUCGUCUGAAGAGCAAACAUCAAUCAACUUGCACCGGACCGUUAUAUUUAGAGGAGAAACGUGCGGCCGAGGAACAUGUGGUCCGUCAAGCCCAACAGGAUGUUUUCCUUGAUGAAAUAACUGCUCUAAGAAAACAACAACUCAUAUCGAGAAGCAGUUCUCUAGUUAAGUUCAGCCCCUGGUUAGAUGACCGAGGAGUUCUGAGGAUGCGAGGCCGAAUUUCCAACUGUGUGUUCAUUACAGAAGAAGCAAAAAAUCCUAUAAUUUUACCCCGUGACCACUACGUUACUACCUUGAUUAUCAUGCAUUACCACCACAAAUUUCACCAUUUAAACCAUGACACUGUUAUAAAUGAGAUACGACAAAAAUACUCGAUUUCGCGAAUUCGCGUUUGCUACGCCAAGGCUAGAAGAGCCUGUCAACGCUGCAAGAACGCCAGAGCAGUACCAUCUCCUCCAAUCAUGGCGGACCUUCCAACUGCUAGAUUAGCAGCACAUUCUCGACCCUUUACCCACGUAGGGAUAGACUAUUUCGGACCGAUGGAGGUAGCCAUAGGAAGAAGAGUUGAAAAACGAUGGGGAAUGCUGGCUACAUGUAUGACGAUCAGAGCUGUUCACAUAGAAGUCGUCCAUUCACUAAGCACCGAUUCCUGCAUCAUGGCUAUCCGCAAUUUAAUUGCUCGUCGUGGAGUUCCUCGUCACGUUUACUGUGAUCGCGGAACCAACUUUGUUGGCGCUAGCAACGAGUUGACUAGAGUGGAUAAACUGCUGAACAAAGAAGCCAUCAUAAAAGAGUUUUUGGGUUACGAAAUAGCAUGGUCGUUUAAUCCACCAGCAUCGCCCCAUAUGGGUGGUAGUUGGGAGCGUAUGAUCCGCAGCGUGAAGAGCAAUCUGAUGUCUCUAGAAAUACCCCGUAAACCAUCAGACGAAGUACUACGUAAUGCGCUGACUGAAAUAGAAGGUUCAUUAAAUGCAAGGCCGCUUACACACGUUCCAAUCGAAGAUCACGCGGCUCCAGCACUAACCCCUAAUCACAUUCUUCUUGGAAGCUCUAACGGGACGAAGCCACUUACGUUUUUAGAUGAUAGCAGCGUUGUCGUGCGUCAAUGUUGGCGAACUUCUCAGAUCAUUGCCAACCAAUUUUGGAAACGUUGGCUAUCGGAAUACCUACCAGAGAUAACUAGGAGAACCAAGUGGCAUUCAGCCUGUGUGCUACCGGUGAAGAUCGGUGACGUGGUCAUCGUUGUAGAUCCAAAGUUACCUCGCAAUUGUUGGCCAAAGGGAAGGGUAAUAGCAACUCGUCCUGGCAAAGAUGGAGAAGUAAGAUCCGCAACGGUUCGAACAUCCGGGGGAGUGUAUGAGCGCCCUGUGGUUAAGCUUGCUGUAUUGGACGUUCGCGAAGGAAAGUUCAUCGAACUGACGAAACCUCUGACGGACUUGUUGAGAAAAAAGCCGAUGAGAGUGCAGUGGAAUAAAGCAGCAGAUGAAGACUUCAAAGCAAUCAAGGAGCAGUUAAUAUCAGCCCCUGUAAUGGCCAAUUCCGAUUUUACGCUACCAUUCUGUGAUCAGACAGAUGCCAGUGAUACAGCUCUCACGGGUGUACUCACCCAAUAA